GCACUACAUUCCAAGAUUUGAGUACCUACUACUUACAUGGAACUCAAUAUCCAAUUCUACUUUCUUUGUUUCCUACUAUGUUUUAUUCCCUUGCUACAAGCUCAAAAUUUACAAACUUACAUAGUACAAUUACAUCCACAUGCAACGACAAGAACCCCUUUUAGUUCUAAACUUCAAUGGCACCUUUCAUUUCUUGAAAAAUUCAUUUCCUCAGGAGAAGACUCUACUUCUCGACUUUUAUACUCUUACCAUUCUGCCUUUGAAGGUUUUGCUGCUCUACUAUCUGAAAAUGAGCUGAAAGCACUGAGGAAAUCAAAUAAUGUGUUGUCCAUAUUUCCAGAGAGGAAACUUGAGAUUCAGACAACUUACUCUUACAAAUUCUUAGGACUUAGUCCUUCGAGGGAAGGUACUUGGUUAAAGUCUGGAUUUGGUCGAGGGUCGAUCAUUGGAGUUCUUGAUACUGGAAUUUGGCCAGAAAGUCCAAGUUUUGUUGAUCGUGGGAUGCUUCCAAUUCCAAAGAAAUGGAAAGGUACUUGCCAAGAAGGACAAGAUUUCAAUUCUUCGAGUUGCAAUCGCAAGCUUAUUGGUGCAAGGUUCUUUCACAUAGGACACAUGGUUGCAUCAAAGGAAACAACAUCACUAGAUUUAAUGGAGGAAUAUUUGUCGCCUCGAGAUUCACAAGGACAUGGUACACAUACAGCAUCUACUGCAGGGGGAGCUCCGGUUCCAAUGGCGAGUGUGCUUGGAAACGGAGCAGGAGAGGCUCGAGGGAUGGCCCCUGGUGCUCAUAUCGCGAUAUAUAAAGUUUGUUGGUCUAGUGGCUGUUAUAGUUCUGAUAUACUUGCAGCAAUGGAUGCAGCUAUUAGAGAUGGAGUAGAUGUAUUGUCACUUUCACUUGGUGGUUUUCCUGUUCCACUUUAUGAGGAUACUAUUGCUAUUGGCAGUUUUCGCGCUAUGGAACAUGGGAUUUCAGUUGUAUGUGCUGCUGGAAAUAAUGGUCCAAUUCAAAGUUCAGUAGCUAAUGAAGCUCCUUGGAUUUCCACUAUUGGUGCUAGCACACUUGAUAGGAAAUUUCCAGCAAUAAUUCAGCUAGGUAAUGGCAAAUAUGUGUAUGGAGAAUCCUUGUACCCUGGGAAGCAAGUUCAUAAUACUCCAAAAAUUAUUGAGCUUGUUUAUCUCACAGAUGGAGAUAAUGGAAGUGAAUUUUGCUUAAGAGGGUCACUACCAAAAUCAAAAGUCCAAGGAAAAAUAGUAGUAUGUAAUCGCGGAGUCAAUGGAAGAGCAGAGAAAGGUCAAGUUGUUAAAGAAUCAGGUGGUGUUGCUAUGAUCCUGGCAAAUACAGCAGUAAAUUUGGAGGAAGAUUCUGUCGAUGUCCAUGUCCUUCCAGCAACAUUGAUUGGUUUCGACGAAUCAAUUCAGUUGCAAAACUAUAUAAACUCAACACGAAAACCAACAGCUCGAAUCAUAUUUGGAGGAACUGUUAUUGGAAAAUCUAGAGCACCAGCAGUUGCAGAAUUUUCCUCGAGGGGUCCAAGUUUUACUGAUCCUUCAAUUCUCAAACCUGAUUUAAUUGCUCCAGGUGUAAACAUUAUAGCUGCUUGGCCGCAAAAUAUAGGCCCCAGUGGCCUACCUGAGGAUACAAGAAGAGUAAACUUCACUGUCUUAUCAGGAACUUCAAUGGCAUGUCCUCAUGUUAGUGGAAUUGCGGCAUUAAUCCAUUCAAUUCAUCCUAAAUGGACACCAGCUGCAAUAAAAUCCGCGCUAAUGACAACUGCUGAUACAACUGAUCACAAGGGAAAACCAAUAAUGGACGGCGACACACCAGCUGGAAUUUUUGCUAUAGGAGCUGGACAUGUAAAUCCUGGAAAAGCCGAUGAUCCUGGAUUGGUAUAUGACAUUCAGGCUAAUGAUUAUAUCACUCACCUAUGUACUCUUGGGUACAAAAACUUUGAAAUCUUUAGUAUUACUCACAAGAAUGUUAGUUGCCAUGAUAUUUUACAGAAAAACAGGGAUUUUAGCCUUAAUUACCCCUCAAUUUCUGUAAUAUUUAAGGCAGGUAAAACAAGAAAGAUGAUCACAAGGAGAGUAACAAAUGUUGGGAGUUCUAAUUCUGUUUAUUCAGUUGAUGUUGUUGCACCUGAGGGAGUUAAAGUUAGAGUUAAACCGCGACGUCUGAUGUUUAAGCGUGUAAACCAAAGUUUAAGUUACAGAGUUUGGUUUAUAUCAAGGAAAAGAUUUGGAAGUCAAAGAAGAAACUUUGCAGAAGGGCAAUUGAUGUGGAUCAACUUAAGAAAUAAAGAUCAGAAAGUUAGAAGUCCUAUUUCAGUGGCAUGGGCUACAAAGAAGUGAAGGCUGUGGCUAUUUUUAUAAACUUGGAAAAUAAGACAUGUUACAUGUUGUAAGCGUGUUAUUAUGCACGGAUAGUGUAAAAAUUCUUUACAUUGUCGGUGUAUGCAAGUCAAAUCCAUUUUGUAAUAGUAGGAGCAGAUUUUCAUUGUCUUAAUUCCAAACAUUUAAUUUGGAUUUGCAGAUUA